GGUGAGGGUGACUUUUGAGAGAUGGAAACAGGGAGGAGGGGCCUGGCCAGGAGGAGGAGCGCCAACUUCCUGGCUGAGAGGUCCAACUGCUCCCUGCUCAGCAGAGCUCCUGAGAGGAGAGGGGCAAGACCAUACUGUCUGUCCUCUCUCUGGAACUGUCUGCCUGUUGGGGCCCAGCUCUCCUCUCUGCCAACUCCACUUCCUUCUUCUCCACUCGCGUUAGAGAGCUGGAAGGGUCUGGCGGGCCACCCAAACGCACCAAGAUGCGAACCAAACAAACGAAAGGAAACCGAACCAAAGGAGACCAAACCAAACCCAGCCCAGCCAAACCAAAACGCUGCUCUCUGGGCUUUGGAGCCUUCCCGGUUCCCCUAAAACAUGUCCCCUGGCCCACCAAUUCCGUCUGGGUUCAAUUCUCAAGGCGCGAUGGAUGGCGUACAGUCCUGUACGCGAAGGGGCCCGGGAGAGAGGCAGGAGACACUCCCUGCCUGCCCGGAGUCGCGCGCUGAACGGGGCGAACGGCCUCCGCAGGCGCCCGCUGCUGCCCUCCGGUGGCCCGCGCCCUCUGCUGCUGCUCCUGGCCUCAGAAGUCGCGUCCAGCGUCCAGCGCAGCGCAGGCAGUCAGCGAGCAAGAGCCCGAAGCUCCGAGUGAACUAUUAAAGCAGCAAACUCCAGGCUCAAUGGGAAGGCGGCCUUGCCCUCGCGCUCCCCCUGCAGGCCAGCCCCGCAAUCGUCAGGCUUCAGCAUGCUGCCUGUGCAUAUAUUCCUGGUGGGAGGGGUGAUGCUGAGCUGCAGCCCAGCCAGCUCACUUGAUUCUGGUAAAUCUGGGAGCCUGCACCUGGAGCGCAGCGAAACCGCGCGCUUCCUAGCAGAGCUCCGAAGCGUGCCGGGUCACCAGUGCCUGCGGGACAGGACCGAUUUCCCAUGUCCCUGGAAGGAAGGAACUAACAUCACACCGAUGACUCUGGGAGAAACCACCAGUUGCUACUCCCAGACCCUCAGGCAGGUCCUCCACCUCUUUGACACAGAGGCCAGCAGAGCUGCCUGGCACGAGAGGGCGCUGGACCAGCUACUAUCUAGCCUGUGGCGUGAGCUGCAAGUGCUGAAGAGGCCAAGAGAGCAGGGCCAGUCCUGUCCACUGCCUUUUGCCCUGGCCAUCCGCACCUACUUCCGAGGGUUCUUCCGCUAUCUGAAGGCAAAGGCACACAGCGCUUGCUCCUGGGAGAUCGUCAGAGUCCAAUUGCAAGUGGACCUUCCAGCGUUCCCACUGUCUGCGAGAAGAGGCCCAAGAUGAGGAGAAGCCCCGUGCAGGAAUCUCUCUGCUCUCGUGACACCACGCUCCCUCUCUCCAUUCAAAGCAGACACACGGAUUCGGAUUCAGCACCAACAGGCGAAAUGGGCGUGCAUCGACCAAGAACAUCGAGUUCUUUAUGUCUUCCCUGCCAGAGGCCCCGAAGCAUCCUACUGUACAUCAUACACUGCAAAAGAUGUUUGUAAGAAAACCUGUGCUCUUUCAUUUGAGGUGGCUUCUGAAUAAAUUGAUGAUCUCGGUUUUC